AUGGUCACCGAUAUCCCAUAUAUCAAAGGAAUCCCCGAAAUCCCCGGCGCGGUCCCCAUGUUUGGCCAUCUGCUUCAACUGGGCGACGACCACGCCACGGUGUGCGAGCGCUGGUGGCGAGAGUACGGGCAGUCCGUGUUCCAGAUCAAGCUGGGCAACACACGCGCGGUGGUGGUGAACUCGUUCGAGGAUUGUCGGAAGAUGCUGCUGGGCCACCAGAACGCCCUGAUCGACCGCCCCAAGCUGUACACGUUCCACGGCGUGAUCAGCAGCACGCAGGGGUUCACGAUCGGGUCGUCUCCAUGGGACGAGUCGUGCAGGAAGAAGCGCAAGGCCGCGGGGACGGCGCUGGGCCGGGCCGCGCUGCGCAAGUACUACCCCAUGUUCGACCUGGAGAGCUUCUGCAUUGUGCGCGAUCUGCGGCGCGACAGCGGGGACGGGGCGCGCGAGGUGAACGUCCGGCCGUACAUUCAGCGGUUCGCGCUCAACACGACGCUGACGCUCUGCUACGGGAUCCGCAUGGACGCGGUGUACGACGAGCUGCUGCGCGAGAUCCUGUACGUGGGGUCGGCGAUCUCGCUGCUGCGGUCCGCGUCGGAGAACCUGCAGGACUACGUCCCCUUACUGCGGUACAUGCCCAACAACAGCAAGACGGCGCGGUCCAAGGAGCUCCGGGGGCGGCGCGACGCCUACCUCGACCUCCUGCUCGAGAAAGUGCGCGCGAUGAUACGCGCGGGCACCGACAAGCCGUGCAUCUCGGCCGCCAUCCUCAAGGACGAGGAGACCAAGCUGACGGGCGUCGAGGUCUCGUCCAUCUGUCUGUCGCUGGUCUCGGGCGGGUUCGAGACCAUCCCGGGCACGCUGACCUCUGUAAUCGGAUCGCUGGCCACCCCCGAGGGGCAGGUCUGGCAGGAGCGCGCAUACGAGGACAUCCGCCGGCAUUACCCAGACGUGCGCGACGCGUGGGCCGACUGUUUCCAGGAGGAGCGAGUGCCGUACGUGAAUGCGCUGGUCAAGGAGGCUGCCCGCUACUACACCGUCAGCGCGAUGAGUCUGCCGCGGAGGACUGUCACCGAGGUCAACUGGAACGGAGCCAUCAUCCCGCCCAAGACGAUGAUUCUCAUCAACGCCCAAGCCGGGAACCACGAUACGGAUCACUUCCCCGACGGGGAUAAAUUCAACCCGGAGCGCUGGCUACAAUCGACGUCACCGCCGGUGGAAAAAGAGAGUGUCGGCCUGGCACACCUGAGUUUCGGGGCCGGCUCGCGCGCCUGUUCGGGCCAGUCCAUCGCGUCGCGACUGCUGUACGCCGGUCUGGUGCGGAUGCUGACGACGUACAAGAUCGUGGCGAGCGAGAGACAACCCCCGACGACCGACUACAUCGAGUAUAACUCUGUGAAGAGCGCGCUGGUGGCCAUCCCGCGCGACUUUGCUGUGCGCCUGGUGCCGCGCGACUCGGCAGUGACGGCGGAGUGUUUGGCUGCGGCGGAAAUGCGGACCAAGGAGCAUUACCGGUGA